GCAGGAUAUAGAGAAGACAGUCGAGCGUGAUACAGCCGGUAGGCGUGCACGUAAUGUAAUAAUUGAAACUGUAGCUCAGCAAAAACAGCGGGAGCUAGAAAAAAGACAGUCUGAGAAAAAAAGAAUAAAUGAAGCUGUGGAUAAUUCGCAAAUAGAGUCUGAUAAAAAAAUAAAAAAACGAAAAAUCUCUAAAAAUACCAAUGAAGAUUUUUGUAAUAAUGAAAGACUUAAUCCAGGUGCCCAGUAUCAAGAUGAGU